AUGCCAUCUCCAAAGUGGAUUGUUCUGUUACCUAUCGUCUUCUUAGGAAGCUUUAUAUCGAUUAUAUUGAACUCUUAUAUUGUGAUUAUGGAUGUCAAAAGCAUCAAACAUGGCCAAAAGCUGAACCCAUCUCAUCUGAUCCAUCUUCUGCGAGGACUGGUGAACAUUCCCCUACAGUGCAGUCUGACAGCACAGGGAUUACUCUAUGUCAUUUGUGCUUCUGUGCUGUCAAUUAAGGAAGUGUACCUUCCAUUAAUCAUAAUUCAGCUUACAAUGACUUACUGCAGCUUUUGGCUGACUGCCUGGCUCUGUGCCUACUACUGUACCACCAUCACCAACUUCAGAUAUGGGCUCUGUGUUUGGUUACAGAGGAUCAGCUCAUCUUCCCUUCUGCUGCUGCUUCUCCUCACAGCUGGUGGAACAUUUCUCAUGGGUCUCCUGUGCAUAUGGAAUGUGACAUUUGAAGCAGAAGUGAAAGGUUCUGAGAAUAGUACAGUAGGAACCUCUUUUAUCAGUGGUACAUUUAUUGCGAAUCCCUUGUAUUCAGUAAUAGCCACCUGUCUAGGCUGCGGGCUGCCAUUUAUCCUCGUACUCUACUCUAUAAUACUGACGGUCUACUCUCUUAUGAGGCACGUGUAUAACAUGAAGCAGAGUGAUUCUGGAUUUACUCGCCCUAAACUCCAAGCCCACAUCAAUGCUAUAAGAACAGUUACCCUGAUCCUCAUAGUCUUUGUAACCUUCUGCAUAGCUGAGAUUGUGUUGUCCACAGCUAAAUUUAGUACUAUCCCGGAUGACAAGCUUUUAACCAGCUGGUCCAUAGUGAUGUUCUAUCCAGCAGCAGAGUCCAUCAUCGCUAUCCAGGCCAGCUCCAAGCUCAGGAAGAUGAUUGUGGAGAAGGUUUCUGCUGUUUGCUGGAGAAAUACGAAAGCUGGGAAUUAG